CCCGCCCGCCGGCGGCCCCGCUCCCUCAGCGCCGCCCCCCCGCCCGCCCGGCGCGGCGGCGUGCUCGCGCGGAGGGGAGCAGCGCUGAAAUCCGCUUUUUGCCCUUUUUUUUUUUUUUUCCGCCCCCCUCUCCUUUCCUCCCCCCCCCCGCCCCGCUCUCCGCAAGCGGGGGGUGGUUCUCGCCUCGCCUCCCUCCUUCCCUCCCUCCCCGUGGGGCGCAGGGAGGCGAGCCCGCCCGCCCGGGAUGCCAUGGCUCCGCCGGGCUCCGCGCUGCCCGCCUGCCUGCUGGGGCUGCUGCUGCUCGGCUGCCGCGGAGAUUUUGGCCAUUCCUCCGAGCUGGCGUUCGUUGUGGAGCCUAGUGAUGACAUAGCUGUGCAGGAGCAACCCUUGAUCCUCUACUGCCAGGUGGAGGGCAUUCAGCCCAUCACCAUCACGUGGCGGAAGAAUGGCGUGAUGAUCGUGGACAGUGAGAAUGCCUUCAUGUUGGCCAACGGGUCGCUCUACGUCUCCCGCUUCCAGAGGGUCCGGGGAGAUGGGUCCUCGGAUGAAGGAGAGUACGACUGCAUGGCGCAAAACCACUACGGGCUGGUGGUGAGCCGGAAGGCGAGGAUUCAGGCAGCGACAAUGUCUGACUUCCACAUCCACCCUCAGAAUGCAGUGGUGGAGGAAGGUGGUGUAGCCAGAUUCCAGUGCCAGAUCCAUGGCUUGCCUGAGCCGGUCAUCCUCUGGCAAAAGAACCGCAUGCCGGUCAACACAGACAACGAAAGGUACACGCUGCUUCCCAAGGGGGUCCUCCAGAUUACGGGACUGAGGGCAGAAGACAGUGGGAUUUUUCACUGCGUUGCUACCAAUAUUGCUAAUGUGAAGUUCAGCCGGGAGGCCAGACUCACCGUAUCAGGCUCCCACUCCACUGUUUAUAAGGACCCCAUGAUUCUCGUGGGUCCGGAGAACCUCACGCUGACAGUGCACCAGACAGCUGUGCUGGAGUGCAUCGCAACGGGCAAUCCCCGGCCCAUCGUCUCCUGGAGCCGCCUAGACGGCCGCCCGAUCGGCGUGGAGGGGAUCCAGGUGCUGGGGACAGGAAAUCUCAUGAUCUCAGACCUCACCGUGCAGCACUCUGGCAUCUAUGUGUGCGCCGCGAACAAACCUGGCACUCGGGUGCGAAGGACCGCGCAGGGCAGGCUCGUUGUACAAGCCCCCGCAGAGUUUGUGCAGCAUCCCCAGUCCAUUUCCAGGCCCGUGGGGACUACUGCCAUUUUCACAUGCGUGGCCCAGGGGGAACCCCCGCCACAGAUCACUUGGCUGAGGAACGGGCAGAUCCUGGAGACCAGCGACCACAUUAAGCUGAAGAAUAACAACAGCACCCUCUCCAUCUAUGGGAUCAACCAGGCAGACGAAGCCAUCUACCAGUGCAUCGCCGAGAACAGCGCCGGCUCCACGCAAGCCAGCGCUCGCCUGACGGUCCUGUGGGCAGAUGGGCUGCCCGGUCCUCCGCAGAGCGUGAAGGCUGAGACGGUCUCUGCAACCACCAUCCAGGUGUCUUGGAAAGAGCCUCUGCAGAACACCAAGGAGAUCAUCGGCUACGUGCUGCACAUUCGGAAAGCUGCAGAUCCCGUAGAGAUGGAGUAUCAGGAGGCCGUUAGCAAGAGCACCUUCCAGCAGCUAGUGACUGAUUUAGAGCCCUCGACCAGCUAUAGCUUUUAUAUAAAGGCUUACACCUCCCGGGGUGCCAGCAAAGCCUCAGAAGUCACAGUGGUGAGCACGCUGGGAGAAGUCCCAGCCAUGCCAUCCCUCUUUAUUAAAGUCAUUAACAGCACCACUGUCCAGGCUACGUGGGAGCCCUCCAUCAAACUGGGCCAGCACGAAGGCUUCAAGCUGUAUUACCGCAAGGUCCACCUCUCCCAGUACACAGGUCCGGUGCUGCUGCCCAGCAACGUAACAGCGUACAACAUUACCCACCUGGAUGCGUCGGUGGUGUAUGAAGUCAAGCUGCUCGCCUAUAACCAGCACGGAGAUGGAAAUUCAACUGUCCGCUUCGUGUCCUUGAGAGAAACUGUGGAGAGGACAGUGCUGAAUCCCCCGUGCGACUGCAUGAAGGACGAGCAGAACAAUAAAACCUCCACGACUGGCAUCAUCAUUGGGAUCCACAUCGGCGUCACGUGCAUCAUAUUCUGUGUCCUCUUCCUCAUGUUUGGGUACAGAGGAAGGCUGCUGAUGUGCAAAAAUGUGCAGGAGCAGCUGUCAACCCCGCAGAUCCCCAGGAGCCAGCGGAGUGCCACGGGCCUCAUCCUGAACGGGACCACUCGCAGAGACAGGGACGACCGGGACUUGAACGGAAAGCAGCUGGAUAUGAACGAGCUGGAGAGGUUAUUCCCAGCAUCCCUGUCCCAGGAGCAGCAGGAUAAGGGAAUAACGUCGGCUCACAGCCCGCCGGCCGCCCACGACGACACCCAGAUAUCUACGCUCCCUCUGGAUGAGUUCAGCAUCAUCGAGGAGCAGCCAGACCCCCUCCCAAAAAGCCCCUGCAGUGGCAGCCCCACAGCUCCGGCUCCCAACCACGGUCCCUCCAAUGAAGGAUAAAACUGCCAAGACUCAAACCCUCUUGUAGGAGUUACCAGAAACCAAACCCGUGGCUGGUGAUGUCUUUACAAUGAGUCGUCAAUCUCAGGUCAAUUGAAGAUUUCUAAGGUCUGAUUGUUAUUUUUUUGUUUUGCUUUAUUUUUAUAUAUAUAUAAAUAUAUAUAUAUGUAUACAGCCUUUUGGAAACUCUGUGAAGUUUAUCUUUCUGACCUCUCUCGGGCCUCUCGGUGUGUUUUUUCCGAUGAUGGCUUUAUUGAGAAUGGUUGCGAUGGAUUUCCCUGCAGCUGCUAAGUAAAAGACUCCUUGGCAGAGUUUGGCAAACUCUUCCAUCUCUGACAGACUGGGGAUGCGGUGGAGCCUCCUUCUCUUGACAUCCCAGACUUUUUCCUGAUGAGCAGCUUUAGGACUACUUUUUGGAUCUAUUUUUUAUUUCCAGAAGACUGGAUUUGGAGAAAUCCUUCUAACUUGACUCCAAAAAUCGAGGCCCGGGAAGGCCAUCUCUCCACGGAUUUGAUGAUUUUGUACACUUUUGCUAUUUCUCAGGAUACUUUUUUUUGCUGAUUGACUCAAAAUAAUAUGAAAAAAAAAUGAAAAAAAAAAGGAUUAAAAAAAAAAGAGUGUGUGUGUCAAAGGAUGCCUGCCUGAGGGCUACUGAAAGACUUGGACAGACAACCCGAGUGAACUCAAAACCUACCUCAACCGGAAUGAAUGUCUUCUGGGAAGCAGAAAUACCUGUGUCUUCCUUCGUGUUCAAAAAACAAGUAGCGUAGCACUUGGUCAGUACAAGCUUGGUCCUACCUCAGCAGUCACGCUCUGUAUCUGCCGCCUUGGUGGUUUUGUUGUUGUCGUUCCCAUGUAAAGCACUUCCAAACCUUGAAAGCAAUGUUCUACCUCAAGUGUGAUAGAAACUCGUGUGUAUGUGUGUGUGUGUGUGUGUGUCCCCUCUCCUCUCCCCCAGUUCCUGCCUCUCCCACCCAGCCCCGCGUGAAGCGAGAUGCUUCACUAGUGUUAUGAGCUUUACUUUUAGGCAUGUAGCAGGGCUCUGGUGUGAUUUUUGUGUGGCAGAGAGUUGUAUCAUGGAUUUUUUUUUUACUUUAAAGACUGUUGGGACCAUCACAGGCACACGGCCUGAUGCCCCGUGGCUCGCUGGCACUGUUGCUCUUGCAGGGCCAAUUUCAGCAGUGGUGGUGCCUCCCUUGGUCCAUCCUGGGUGUACUCGAUAUGGCUCGCCAAGGCUGAUUCCCUGCAGGAUGAUUUUUGCCAUGUGUCAGCAUAACCCACCCCUGGGAGAUGGGAACCUGGUCGUCACCAUCUUGUCCCUUCAAAGCCCACCCUGCCAUCAGGAGCGCCUACAAGGAAACCCUGACACAGCACUUCCCAGACCCCUUGCGAUGCUACUGGGCUGCUCCCAGCUCCUCCAGUGUAUUUCCAGCGAGCAGGGGCUCAUCUCCAAGCGGGCAGGCACAGCUAAAGGAUGAGCUGAGCCAAAAAGGGCUCACUUCCCUGGGAGGGACGAGGCGAGGAGGGCACCCGGUGGUGAUGCAGAGCAGGGCCCCAUGCGGGAGGAUGCUGGGGGGCUGUCAGCAGCUGCCCCUUCCCCAUGCCCAGGGUUGGCAGAGACGCUCCCGACACCAAAGAGAGGGUUUAUGCGUGACUCCCCCGCUCCAGGGACCACUGCCAAUGUGCCACCAUGAUUUUGGGUUGUCCUGGCAUGGUGCAGCCUUGUAAGUUGUCCAUGGAGUGAGAUGGGGGCAUGCACAGGGGACAGGGACAUCGGCCAGCUGGCGCCGGAGGGCAGCAGCCCUUUCCCCACCACGUGGGUUGGUUAAAACUGGGUGCAUGUGAAGGUUUGAACUCUUUGUGUAAGUGGUGGUAAAUCAAACGUCGCUGUAUUUGCAAGGAAAAGUGAAAGGAAUCAGGAAAGGAAAGGAGUUUAAGUUUAAAAAAAAAAUAAUUGUAUUUUUUUAAAUGGUACCAGUGGGAGAGUCCCUUGUGUCAGAAACAUCCCUUGUCACCUUCCCGUUUGGCAAUGGGAUGACUGUAAAUAAUACAAUAUACCGAUGAUAUAGCAAAUGUCUCUCCCCCGUGCUGUGUCCUGGUGCUGGGCUGGCUUAGCUGUGAGCAGGGCUCUGUCCUUCCAGAUCAAAUCAUGCCGCUUGGCCCAAGCAGAUGUAACGGCAUUGACCUCGAGAGCAAGGAGCUCUUGAGGUUCGGUGUUUGUAGCCUUCUCCCAUUAAAUUCCUCCUCCUGUAGCCAUCCUGCAGGACAGAAAAAAUCUGAAGGGUUAAACUUAUGCAUUAAACCCCCAAACAGCCUCUGGCCACCAAAAAGGCUGAAUGGGCCAUCAGACCGAUUCCUGCUCACACCUACUGUGGGGGGAUGCUCCCUCUGCAUGAUGCUGCACCUGGAGACAGCCUGGGAAGGGACCGCGGUGGGACAGCGCUGGUGGCACCACACGAGACCGGUAGCACAGCCCAGCCUGACCUGGGAGCCGGAGGAUGCCGGGGCUUGGAAAGGGCAGGAGGGAGGAGGAGAUGCCAAAUGGCUCAAGUUUUAACCUCAUAUCAAAGAAAUCCCAAUCUCCUCCUGCCAUCCUGCCCCUGCUCCAGCCCAGCUUUUCUUUUUAUUGUUGGGUUGGGUUUUUUUUGUCUGUGUAACGCCGACGUUCACAUUGAAUAAGUACUGUUGCCAAAGUGAACACAGAAUUUAGACUAGCUUUCAGCUCAGACUUCCUGGAGCUGUGAACAUGCUAUUAAUUUAAUAUCAUAUUAUUGUGAUAUUGUAAUAGUAACAAGUAUUUGUCACUACUUCCUUUUAUUAAAGGGAAAUGCUGUGCCAUUUGACUAGUUGAAAUACGAAAGUAUAUCAAGAAUAGAGCUUUUUUUCUUUUUCUUUUUUUUUUUAAUAAUUAUGCAGAAAUGUAAUGGUUUAAACCAAUGCAGGUUAUGUGUUGGUUUGAGAUGGUUGAAGAUGGAUGUGAAUCUUUAAAGACUAUUUUUUAGAUUUUUAGCUUUUCCUCUUUUUUGGGGUUUCUUUUCCACUCUUGUUGAUCCAUACCAUUGGGACCUAAAGCAGAUGGUUGUGGCAGGUCAGCCCCCGAAGAGGUGAGGCUGAAGUCUGGAGAUUCAGCAGGAGGACGUGGUAUUCCCUGAAUUAUCCAAGCCUCCCAAGUCCACAAAGCUGGGCAAAACCAAAUCACUCAAAAUGGCACGUUCUGGCUUUGUGCCGUGGAGUACAUCUAGCUGCCAGUUAGCUGGAGAAGCAACAUGUCACAGCCCUUCUCGCCAUUCAUCGAUGCCUGAGCCAGGCUGGAGGCAAAGCUGUGCCAACUGAAAACUGGGGAAAACAUCACCUGGACUGGGUCUGGCCUUUAAUCUGUAAAACAAGAAGGAAAAAAGAAAAAAAAAAAGAGCUUGUGUUCAGUUUCAGCGUGGGGUACAGCUUCAAGUCUGUCCUUGGUUCAUCCAAACCGCUGCCCUGUGUUUGAGGGAAACCUCUGGAUUAUUAUUCCGUGCUUGGGGUGCAGUUGUACUUGGGUAGACACAUUGUACUCAGGUAGACAUGUUGUCCUUGGGUAGACACGUAGGACUGCAGGUCCCCAUGUGCUGCUGGUGGUUUGGAGGCGGUUUUACAGGUGUCAGAAAUGCUCUUCCCAGGUCUUCCGUGAGCACGUACCUGUUUUCAUGGAAUCAGAGACUUCUUCAAAGGCAUAACCUUCAGGCUUUGGGCCAGGCUGUUGGUUGAACAGGCACAUUUCUGCUCUGAGAGCAUGUCUCGUCGCCCCUGGCAGCAUCCCAGGAGGGGUGAGCCCUCCUGAGCCUUGGGACAAAGCUCUGCUGUAUCCAGGGCGCAAACCCACAGCCACCAAAUCCACCGCUGCCCGGGGCCAGAAACAGGACGGGGGCGUGCAGCUGGGGGGCUACGCCAUAGCAGAGGGGUCCGGCCAUCGCUGUACAUACCCAGAGCAUAGGGCCGGACCAGCCAGGCUGUGCCGGGGUCGUUACCGGUGCCUUGCACCCGUCCUCGCCUGCCUGCCAGAGAGCAGGUAACAGCAGGCGCUCCCUUUGCCCCGAUAAUUCAUUUACGCACCUCAAACAUUUAAGCAACAAUUUGCCAGAUUUCUUACUUCUUUUUUUCUUUUCCCCCCUUUUCUCGACGUGAGGAAUCAGAGAGUUUUAUCUGGAGACAAAACCGCUGGGUAACGUGCAGGUGUUGGAUCCGGUGCAAGCCGCUGGCUACCGCCUGCAUUUGGGGUAGGAAUCUCAUCCUCUAGUAUUUUUCCAAGCAAAUAAUUCCACUGAUUCAACUUGCUGCCUUUUCUGGGCAGAUCUCUCUUGCUUUUCUGGCUGUGGUGAGAUGAAAUUACAGAAAGGAAUAAAGUAUCCAAAAGCUGGUUGGUUUUUUUUGUUUUUGUUUUUUUGGUAACCCAUAAUGGGCACAACUUAUUCUCGGAGCUCUCAAGUUUACCAGAGAUGGCUGCUACCUCAGGGAUAGUAUCCACAUUGUCUUUAGUUGAACAGGGAAUAGUUUUAUGCUGUGACAGGGUAUAUUCAUGCUGUUGGAUUCAGGUAUUUAUUUGUCUACCAUAUCUUUCUUCUUCCUUGUUUAGUAAAGAUGCUGAAAUAUUUAAGUGCUGGACCAGUUUGGGAAUUUUAAGGCUUCCACCCAAAAUUGUACCAAGGGACUGUACCUUUUAAGUUGGCAAUAAAAGAGGAGAGAAGCUACGAAGUGUUGUUGCUUCUGGAUGGUGAAGGGAAGGGUUUUGCUGCCCGUGGGCUGUUUUUGCAGGAUAACUGUCCCACGGCAUUUGGGGGGGGGGGGGAAGGGAUAUCAGUGCAGUGUCUGAGCCUUCUCUGAGCUGACUGACAGCACUUAAGUCUGGGAAGAUCAGUUAAAAAAAAGGAAAUUAAAAGCUUAUGAAAAUAAACGGCAGGAGAAGCUACUUACUUACUUCAUCUGUGCAAACAAUAUUUGGAAAUCUAUCCCUCCCCGUGCUGCGCCAGUGAAGGCAGAGUAAAGAUCCUAUCUAGCAACUUGAUGCCUGCUCAUUUAUUUUCCUCACCCAUCAAAUUAAAAAAAGGAAAGAUGCUUGGGCUGGAGCUGCAGGCAGGGUUACGUGAGAAGCACCAGCACCCCCAGCUGAAAGCGCUGCUGGUGCGAGGCCACGGCAUCGAAACCCACCGUAACACUGGAAAUCAGUGAAACGGCGCCGGGUUUCCUCCGAGAACAGAGUCUGAGCUUCAGCUUUGUGUAACGAGAAGGGACGGGGCCGGUGCAAAGCCCAGCGAGACGGGGAAAAGCCUGAUUUCACAGGGCUUUGGAUCAGGGUCUUACUUCCAAAGCAAAGAGGGAUUUUACUUUGAUCAUAUUUCCAUCAUUUAAACUUGCAAUAUCUUUGUGUUUGUAAUAAAAUAAUAAUAAAGACGAUACUAAAUCUUUGUCCCAGUCCUCUUUGGGAAUCAACUGUUAAGAGUAAUAUUAAAAACCCAAAUUGCAAAGCACUUUUCUACUGUUUAUUUUCUACCUUUCUUACUUUGAACUGUCUUGAUAUUUGAAAUCCCACUGAUCCUACGAUUGUUAGCUCUGUAUAAAAAAAAAAAAAUAAAACCCAGUUUUUUUGUAGUUUGCUCUGUUUAGAUUUUAGCCUGUGGCUACUUGUACAAGAAAAAUAAAGCUAGAAUAAAUGAGCUCGAGUGCUUCA